AACAAAUACAACUUUUAAUAUAUGCCGUUUAGGAUGGUCACCGUGCUUUUACGAGGCUGGGUCUGGCACCCGCCUUUCUAAUUUUACUGCACCAGAGCUGUCAACUCUCCGAUUUAUGAUUAAAUUCCCAGUUUCAAAGAAUGGCAGAGGGAGAAGAGGACUUGCCUAGAGAUGCAAAGAUAGUCAAAUCCCUGCUGAAAUCAAUGGGUAUAGAGGACUAUGAACCUCGUGUUAUACACCAGUUUCUGGAGCUGUGGUAUCGUUAUGCUGUUGAUGUGUUGACAGAUGCACAGAUUUACUCUGAGCAUGCUGGCAAAUCUGCAGUCGAUUGUGAUGAUGUCAAGCUUGCUAUUCAAUCAAAAGUAAAUUUCAGCUUCUCACAACCACCACCAAGAGAGGUUUUACUGGAAUUGGCUAGAAACAGGAACAAAAUCCCACUUCCCAAGACAAUAGCUGGACCUGGUAUUCCACUCCCACCGGAGCAGGACAUCUUGAUUAGCCCAAACUACCAACUUGCUAUCCCAAACAAGCGGCCUGCCCAGGCGGUAGAAGAAACAGAGGAGGAUGAAGCAAGUGCUGAUCUCAACCCAUCACAAGAACCAAAGGCAGAUGUUCCACAACAUAAUACCCCUCAAAGAGUAUCUUUCCCUCUUAACAAACGUCCCAAGUAAGAAUUUUACGUCCCAAGGAACCAACGGGUGUAUCAAUUUAGAAGGAAAAAGGAGACUACUUGGUGUUUGGUGCUCUCUUUUUCUUAUCUGACCGCCCCAAGUGUAUUUAAUCACAUUCGGUUGUGUUAUUUUUAGUUUCCCAUUACUUUUAUGCAAAAACUACUUUUUCUUGGUCU